AUGGCAUCCACAUCUUCAAGCCAAAUCCAAGAGGUAGCGAGGAGCGCCUCCGACCCGCCAAAGCACACCUCCUUCUCUUCCAUCGGCAUCUCACCCAUGCUUAUUCGAAGUCUUGCUUCGCUCCAGAUCAAAGUGCCUACGCCCAUCCAAAGUCUCACCAUCCCAUCCGUGCUCGAAGGGCGCGACCUCGUAGGUGGCGCACAGACAGGUUCAGGUAAAACGCUCUGCUUUGCGCUGCCCAUCCUCAACAAGCUCAUCAAGGACAUGGUCGGUGGAUUUGCUGUCGUCCUUACUCCGACCCGCGAACUCGGUGUACAGUUGCACGAGCAGUUUGUUGCUGUAGGCGAGGGCGCGCGCAUGGGUCUCCGCUGUGCACUCGUCCUCGGUGGAAUGGACAUGAUGAAGCAAGCGUCCGAACUCGCAAACCUCCGUCCACACGUCAUUGUCGCCACACCCGGUCGUCUCGUUGACCAUCUUCGCAGUGGGGGCGGGGAAGAGUGGGGGUUGAGGAGAUGCAAGUUUUUGGUGCUCGACGAAGCGGAUAGGCUGUUGACAGACACGUUCAAACCGGAGCUCGACUAUCUGUACUCGGUGCUGCCGAGCUCCAAGACGCUACAGACGCUGCUGUUUACGGCGACGUUGACCGAGCAGGUGGUGGAGUUUGCCAAUGCAAAGCGACCCGAGGGCAAGCUGCCGCCGUUGGUUUGCAAGAUCGAGAUGGACACAAAGACGCCAGAGACGCUCGAGCAGAGGUACGUUUUCGUGCCAUCGCACAUCCGCGAGCCGUAUCUUUAUCAUAUCAUGCGUCAUCCACCCAUCAAGCCCAGCUCGGAGCGUGUUCGAAAACUCAAGGCGAAGCGGCAGGCGGAUCGAGAACGCAAAGCAGAAAACGAACGCAAGAAGGGCAAACGGCCUCGUGCGAACCACGGAUCCGACUCGGACGACGAUUCGGACGACGAAGCCUCGCUAUUCCUGCCCGCCACCAUCAUCUUCACGGCGCGUUGCAAGACAGCAGCAACGCUCUCUGGCAUGCUCACCGAACUCGGCAUCCCCAACGUAUCGCUGCACUCGCACUUGCGCCAAUCCCAACGCAGCGAGAACCUGCAAACCUUCCGCGCGCAGCGCGUGCCCGUGCUCAUCGCCACCGACGUCGGCUCGCGUGGCCUGGACAUCCCCGACGUCGAACUCGUCGUCAACUGGGACCUGCCUUCGGCAUGGCAAGACUACGUCCAUCGCGUAGGUCGUACCGCCCGAAACGGCAAACACGGCUACGCGGUCAGCUUCAUCACCGAGCGCGACAUCGACGUGAUCCACUCGAUCGAAGACAAGAUCGGCACCAAGCUGACCCAGCUCGAAGGCUUGGAGGACGAAGAUAAGAUCCUCGAGAAGCUCAAUACCGUGGCGACGGCGAAGCGGGUGGCGACCAUGGCAUUGCACGACGGGCAGUUCGGCGAAAGGCAGCAGAGGAAUCAGCAGAAGCAGCAGGCUAGGUUGAAGGCCGAAAAGCGAGAGGCCAAGAAGGCCAAAGGCGGCAGCGCUGCCAAUGGCAAAGCAUAG